AUGGGCCUGAAUACGGGUCACAGGAGAGGACAGUGGGAGAGGUCAGGGCCUGGCUGUGUCCACCAGAGCGUUUGUGUGUGUUUCCCACUGGCCCUUUGGCCCCCUGGCUCAGCCGUCUCCUCAUUGCAGAGCCCCGUGACCUCCGAGGACCUGGCCGUGUUCUUCUCCCGGGAGGAGUGGGGGCUCCUGGACGAGGCUCGCAGGCGCCUGUACCGCGACGUGAGGCUGGAGAUCUUCGAGCUCAUGGCCUCACUUGGUUGUUGGCAUGAAGUGGAAGACAAGGAGGCCCGUUCCAAGCAGAACGCUUCUGUAGAAGGGGUCUCCCAGGUCAGGAUCCCCAAUAUACAUCCUUCUACUGAGAAGACUGAUACCUGUGACAUGUGUGGCCCAUUUAUGAAAGACACUUUGCACCUCCAUGAGCAUCAAGGAACACGUCCUGUGGAGACGCCCUACACGUGUGGAGCAUGUGCAAGGAGGUUUCGGUUCAAUGCAAACCCCCAGCGCCAGAAGGAGCACAGUGGAGAGAUCCUGCGGAGGGACAAGGACAGGGAUUCAUCUGUGAAGAGCUCUGCAGUCUCCCUAUCAGAGAAGCCCUUCACGUGCAGGGAAGGUUGGAAGGAUGUCUCAGGCAGCCAUGCCCUCCGCCAGCGCCCGGCCAUCCACAGCAGCGGGAAGUCACGCAGGAGGACAGAGUGCAGGGAGGCCUUCCCACAUAGUUCCCGCCUUGGGCGAGCCCCAGGAGUCCAUACCACAAAGAAGCCCCUCAGCCACAUGAGAACUCACUCUGAAGGGACACCAUUUAGAUGUCCAACAGUUGUAGAUUCCUUAGAGGAGAAAUCAGCCCUUGUUAAUGACCAAAAAUUCCACACUGGAGAAACGUCUCGGGUGUGUAAAGAGUGUGGGGAGGCCGGUAGUUACCCAUCUAAGCUGAGGGAGCACCAGAAAUGUCACACUGGAAUAAAACACUAUGAGUAUAGUGACCGUGGGAAAACCUUCAGCCGCAAACGCACACUUAUUCAUCACCAGAGACUUCACUCAGGAGAACGGCCUCAUGAGUGCAGUGCAUGUGGGAAAGCCUUUAAUAACAGGUCACACCUCACUCAGCCUGAGAAAGUUCAUAUUGGAGAACGGCCUUUUGAGUGCAGCGAGUGUGGAAAAGCUUUCAACAACAACUUUGACCUUGUUAAGCACCAGAGAGUUCACACUGGAGAGUGGCCUUUUGAAUGUAGUGAAUGUGGAAGAGACUUCAGGCAAAGCUCCCACCUCCUUCGACACCUGAAAGUUCACACUGGAGAGUGGCCCUUUGGGUGCAUUGAGUGUGGGAAAACCUUUAGCAGUAGCACCACCUUCAUUCAGCACCAGAGAAUACACGCCAGGCAAAGGCCGUAUGAGUGCAGCAAAUGUGGGAAAACCUUCAGCCGCAGCUCCAGCCUGGUUCAGCACCGGAGAAUUCACACCGAACUUCACUCAGGAGAACGGCCUCAUGAGUGCAGUGCAUGUGGGAAAGCCUUUAAUAACAGGUCACACCUCACUCAGCCUGAGAAAGUUCAUAUUGGAGAACGGCCUUUUGAGUGCAGCGAGUGUGGAAAAGCUUUCAACAACAACUUUGACCUUGUUAAGCACCAGAGAGUUCACACUGGAGAGUGGCCUUUUGAAUGUAGUGAAUGUGGAAGAGACUUCAGGCAAAGCUCCCACCUCCUUCGACACCUGAAAGUUCACACUGGAGAGUGGCCCUUUGGGUGCAUUGAGUGUGGGAAAACCUUUAGCAGUAGCACCACCUUCAUUCAGCACCAGAGAAUACACGCCAGGCAAAGGCCGUAUGAGUGCAGCAAAUGUGGGAAAACCUUCAGCCGCAGCUCCAGCCUGGUUCAGCACCGGAGAAUUCACACCGGAGAAAGGCCUUUUGAAUGCAAUGAGUGCGGAAGAACUUUUAACAAAAACUCCAAUCUUGCUCAGCACCAGAGAGUUCACAGUGGAGAGCGGCCUUAUGAAUGUAGUGAAUGUGGAGGAGGCUUCAGCCGAAGAUCUCACCUCCUGCGACAUCAGAAAGUUCACACUGGAUAGCGGCCCUUUGGGUGCAGCAAAUGUGGGAAGGCCUUCAGCACUAGCACCAUCCUCACUCAGCACCAGGAAGUACACACCAGGCAAAAGCCAUACGAGUGCAACAAAUGUAGGAAAACCUUCAGCCGCAAUUCCAGCCUGAUCCUGCCUUCCCCUUUCCCAGAGCUAAUCGAGAGUCCUGGACCCCAUGGAAUGGCUUCAUUCCCAUUGCCUCUGAGAAGGUUCAGGAACGAACUGGGCCGGUGUGGGGGAGGAGCCUUGAGGGAUGUCCAGUUGGGGCUACUUGGGAAGAUGUAUGUUCCCCAAGGGUGGGUGGUAGUCCAUUGAAAAUUUUCCCACUAGUCCCAGUAUUGUUGUUCUGAUGUUAAUCUUCACAACUGCCGCUAAUUUGUGUUAUUUUAUAAAACUGACAUUUUGUCUGGUCACCAUGAAGACUAAGCCCUUCAUAUACUAGAGUCGCAAAGAAGCACUUGGCUUCCUUAGGUGACGUUAUGGACGAAUGUCUGCAUCCCCCAAAAUUCACAGCCCCCUCCGUGAUGGGCCUUUGAGAGGUAAACAGGGUUAGGGGAGGUCAGAGGCUGGAACCUGAUGAAGGGAUUACUGUCCUUAUAAGAAGGGAAGAGAGAUCAGAGCUUCCUCUCAAAACCACAUGAGGACAGCGGAGUGAUGGCUGUCCGCAAGCAAGGAAGGGAGCGCUCAUCCACUCGCCUGGAUUGAAACAGCCAGCACCUGGAUCUUGGACGUCCCGGCCUCUAGAAAUGUGGGACAUUCCUGUUGUGUAAGCCACCCAAGCUGGGGUGCUGCUACCGCAGCCAGAGCAGACAGCGACAGAGAGAUGAGGAAGGUCCCCCUCACGGGCAUCUACAGAGCAAAAUGAUGUCUGCCCUCGUGAACCAGUUCAGUCUUACAAGACGAGGUGUCAAACAGAGCACUGAGUUCCAGCCCUGCCCCUGCUUCAGUAAUAUGGAGACGUGCCCGUUUACUCACAGCUGUCACCAAACUGAUCUGUUUACUGUGAGAAAACAGACUGACGCUGGCCCUGCUGACACGGGGUCCAGGCAUGUCACAUGCCAGUGAAAAAAUAAGCAUUCUACCUCUGUAGCUGAACUAUAAAAGGCAAGAAACACCAUCAUUGGCCGUAUCAACGAAGCCCUGAGCCCUUCUGGUAUGCUGGUAUGUCUUUAACGAGCACCAAUGCAGCCCUGAUUUCAAACGGCCAGACGUCCGUAAGGACAGAGUGGGGUAGAGGGUUCGAAUCCAGCCUGACAUCGAGGCAGGGAGGACACAGAGGGAGAGAAUGACUCUUCACAGGGCAGUGAGUGCAGGGACUCAUGAGGAGAGGACAUCUUGGCUCUGCUGUUGAAGGGGUGUCACUGGGAGAGGCAUGGAGGGGCAGGCACCCAUGCCAAGCUGAGGGUACCCC